AUAUCCCUCAACUGCACUCCUCCCUCACCAACUAAUUCAUUUCGCAUUUGUUGCAUCAAAUCCAUUUCAUUCCUCUUCUCCUUUUUGUUUUUCUGAUUUUCAGUAAAAACUUCUUUUUUGUUUUUCUGAUUGUCAGUAAAAACAUAUCCACAUAAAAAAGUAAGUAAAUCAAGGAUAUAUCAUGUUGGCAAUCCAGUCUCCUCCUUUUGUAUGUGGCAUCCUCUAACUACAUUCUUACUCCCAUUUGGAGCCUUUAUAAGUAACUCAAAAGCAUAUCCUCCCCUGAACAAGAACUAGUUCUCUCACUUCUCCUGGACUGUUACAUUGCCCAUGGUGUCCUUGCAAACAGCCAUCUCCCCCGCGGAGGAGGAAGAGGAGAAGCCGUGCGUGGAGCUCGAGAGCCGCAUGGUGACGAGGAAAAGGAAGUCGCCGGCCGUGGAGGCAUGCAAGUCGGCAAAGAAAGCUAGAGAGGAGGAAAAGGGAGGUGUCAUGGAGCUUAACCUCCUCGAUGCUCACCCAGAAAUCAAGUCAGAGGUCGACCCUAGAGCAAUGAAGGUGAGCUUGAACCUUGACCUUGAGCUCAACUUGUCAAGCACCCAGUCGGAGACGGGUUGUGUCUCCAAAGGAGAAGAGAAAGAAGAAGACGAGGUAAAGAGGACAACGGAGGAGGAGAUAGAAGAGAUGGUGGCGACGGUGUGCAUGCGUUGCCACAUGCUGGUGAUGAUGACCAAGGUCGCCUUGUCGUGUCCCAAUUGCAAGUUUGUGCACGCACCGGACCAGAGUUCAUCCUUAGCCUUGAUCAAAUCGGUCUAGGCUAUUUGUGCCGCAAGGAUUAACAAUAAGUUAUCAGACCACAAG